AAUUUCCUUAUUGAUGCUCAUUUAAAACUGCUAUCAAAUAAAUAACAUAGAUGAUUAAUUCCAUUCCUGUCGUUGUUGUGUUUUACAAAAAUGUGUUCGACGAGCAUAAUUUUGGUUUUCCUAAUAACGGAAUAUCUGAUAAUUUCUUCAAUUAUUGGAAUAUCAGUCGCCAUUGGACAAGAUGAAAGCAUCAGUGAUGGUCAUUCAGGAGAUUCUCCUCCAGCAUUAGAUCUAGCGUUAUCAGGAACAUCAGUCGCAUUUGAGAAAGAUGGAGCCGAGGAUAUAGAUUAUUCGGGAGAACAAUCAGGAGAGACAGCUACAAUUGAGCUAGAUGGAGAAGAUGGAAUGACUUCUCAAGGAGAUUCUACAUCAACAUCAGAAGCAGCGGUACCAGGAUGCCCUAACGGUACAUUUGGUGUGAACUGUGACCAGACCUGCUCAUGCAACCAGACAAACACAGAUAUUUGUGACAAGGUCGACGGAAAUUGCCAGUGCAACCCAUCAUGGAAAGGCACUUCUUGCGAAGAGGAUGUUGACGAAUGUAAGCCGCCUAAACCCUUUUUAGAUCCAUGCGUGAUAAAGCCGCACACGGUGUGCGAAAAUACCAUAGGAAGUUAUGAAUGUAAAUGUAUUGCCGGCUACUGGGAAGAAGACGACACUGGCUGCACAGCAAAAGAUUACUCCAUGAUCUGGUAUAUUGGCGGCGGUAUUGGAGGCGCUAUCGUGCUCAACGUCGGAAUCGUCUGUAUUGUCUUCUUUGUACGGAGACGGAAUCGAGCUAAUGAUAGUUCCCGGUACAAGGAUGACAGUCUUGGCUUUGGGAAGCACCAGUUCAAAAAAUCUCUAUCUGUAACGGAAGGUCAAGCGAAGGAAUAUCAAGAAAACAAUGCUAAUAAUAGCCCCAAGAACCAUAAUGACCCCUUCGGCCUUGAAAUACACAAGCUCGAAUCCUUUCUACCUGUAUCAGAAGUUAAACCAAAGGAAGAUCAAGAAAACAGUGCUAUUAAUAACCCCAAGAACCUGAACGACCCAUGCGGCCUUGAGAUACACAAGCGCGAAUUCUUUCUACCUUUUAAACCAAAGAAUGAUCAAGAAAACAAUCCUAAUGAUGGCUCCAAGACCAUGAACGACAUAUGCGGCGGUGAGAAACACGAGCUCGAUUCAGUUCUACCUUUAGCGGAAGUUCAGCCUAAGGAAGACCAGAAAACCUGUGCUAAUGAUGACUCAAUGAACCUGAACGACAUUUGCGAUAUGCAGCUACACCUCUUCGAAUCAUUUUUACCUCUACCCGAAGCCGAAGUUCAGGCAACGGAAGGCAAAACCACCAGUGAUUAUGAUGCCCCCAAGCUCGAGUCCUUCCUACCUAUAGCGGAAGAUCAGACAACGGUAGGCCAAGAAACUAGUGUCAAUGACUGCCCCAGGAUUCUGAAUGACGAUUGCGUCGUUUAGACACAUCUGUUCAAAUGAUUUAUAUCUUGAGCGGAAUUUCAGGCAAGGGAAGACGACCAGAAAAGCAGUGGUGACCCCAGUAUCUAAAGGACGUUCACAGUCUUGAUAUAAACCAGGACGGUUUCCCUCUAUCCGAAGCCGAAAUUUAAACAAAUGAUAAGCACGAAUAGUUUAGCUAUGUGCACCUGAAACAGCAAUUAACAUGAAAAUAACAUGCACAUUUCACAUGUUUUCUUUUCUUUUUAAUAUGUCUCAUGUUAGAUUGUUCAUUCACCAUUUCCCAUCUGUCAUUAUCAAUUGAAUAUUUCCCAUGCUAUAUUUUCUAUUCAACAUUUCCCAUGUGUCAUUUUCAAUAGAACAUGUGCAAUGUUUCAUUUUGUAGAAUGUACGAAAAAUGAUCAAUACAUUAUUAACAUUUGUGCAUGCUAAUCGUUUUUGUAUAAUGCUUUCAAUAUUACGGAUAUAAACUAGCUAUACAUUAUAGACCAUUAAAUCUAAGAAUGAACCUGUAAAUAAUGCAUUUUAUAUUGUUGAAACAUAGCUAAGCUUAAUAGCUCGGACGAAGUUUUGAAUCAAUACAGUAAUACUGACAUUUUCCUUCUUUAGUUUUAUUGUAUUUUGUAUGAUUGUUGUAUUUUCAAUAAUUGUUAUUUAUACUGAAAUAGUGCAAGUUUUGUAAAACAAGAAUUUGUUGUAUGUGGGUAUAUGAUAUAAACUAUGAGCAUCUGUUUAACCGCAUAUAAUAAGCGUAACCUUAUUGCUUCUACUACAAUGUACAUGUGGUGUUACCGAAACAUGCUUACUGAUAGCAGCAUACUUCUGAAUAUUUCAAACUAAUGUUCAAGCUUUUUAUGAAAACGAAUAUGUGUGUAUCCUUUCCAGCCUCGAAAUAAAAUCCUAUUCUUACUUGAAA